CCUCCCCCCGGAACAAGUCUCGCCAGAAAUCUAUUUCGGAUUCCUCACAUAACAACCUGAAGAACCACACUUGUCCCUUCAAACCGCCCAGAGAAGGGAUUCAGUCUGUCUUUCAGCCUUGUCCGGUCAUCGACACUGCGAUACACAAAACACAGGGCCCAAAGGAUAUUAACGCACGUUGAGUCCUGUUGCGCCCUUUUCUGUCACGACUCGCGAUCACCAAUACCACAUGACGCUUGGCAGCGGCCACGGAGACGCUGCUCGGCCCUAAGGAAAACACACUAGGAAGGCUUUUCUUCAACCCAGGUCAAUUCUCCAGUCAUCAGCCAAUAAUCCAGCGUUCGCUCUCCUACUCGGACGACGACAUCAGAGAUUACUCAACUACAAAACCUACGUCAACAUAACAGUCGUACGGAAGGAGGACACUCAAUAGUGUAUACGCACGACAGGACCUUGGGAAAGACUGCUGCACUCGUACCAACCCAGCGGUCUACCUGCAAAAGUCGUCGACGUUUCUCGGCGGGCUUUCCGACUACGAAGGAUUCAACUAUUUCUUGAUCAAGGAAUUACAGCGACGACGAAGCCCACGACGGCGAUAAUUUCGAAAUGGCCAAUUUCAACCGCAGGGCGACGAACCUCGAUCUCGUCCAGUUCAUGCGCGAGGGACAUUUGAACACAAUCAACACAAACGAGCCGCAGGAGGACUUCAGCGGUCUGGAAAACUCGGAAGGCCUGGAUCUCUUCACGAACCAGGAUUUCUUCGAUUUCGACGAGGGCAUCCGACGGGACUUCAAGCCCAAUGCCGACUCCGCGCCGUCUACGAAACCUGCCGAGUCGACCUCAGCGACGCCCAUCGUGGGGGAAUUCGGAUCAAUGGAUUUUGGCUUGGGUUCCACAGAUUUCGGCUUCAGCGACUUCAACAACACAUACUCUCCAAUAAACGGCAACUUUUCCGACGGCAUUGGCCUGCAACCUCUCCAGCCAAGUCCCAGCAACGCCUAUCCUCCCGUCCCUCACCAGCAUGCGUCCUUCUCGCAUCAUGCCGUUGCCCAGCCCAAGGGUUCUGACAAGCGCCGCGGCACCGAGCCACAGGUCAACACCCGGGCAUUGAACAUCGAGGAGGCAUCGAGGAUGGCGGCAGAGGAGGACAAGCGCCGCCGGAAUACAGCAGCCAGCGCUCGCUUCCGCGUUAAGAAGAAGCAGCGCGAGCAGGCCCUUGAGAAGAGCGCCAAGGAGAUGAGCGAUAAGGUGUCGCAGCUCGAGUCCAAGAUCUCACAGCUCGAGACCGAGAACCAAUGGCUCAAGAAGCUCAUCCUGGAGAAGAACGACGGCAGUGACCUCAAGGCGGAUGUGUCCAAGAUGAACGGCGGGACCAAGGAUGAGAUCAAGGUCGAGACCGGAAACAGCAAGGAGUCUGAACACAAGGGCAAGGGAAAGAGCUCAUAGCCACAGUGGUUUCAUGACAAAUUGUUCGUUCUUUGUUGGUUUUCGCUAUAACACACUAGGGCUCAUGAUAUCCGUGCCUAGGUGCAUUACAGGCGUUUUCGGGAUGGGACUCGGGUGAUUAGGGCUGGGGAUGGCAACUUGGCCUUGGGUGUGUAGUGGGAUUAGGAGUUUAGCUGAGGGUGGUGGCAGUAGUUGAUGUACCGCAUUCUGUGUGCACCACGAUUUUCAAUGGCAACGAAUCUUUUGAGGAUGUCCUGGAUAUAGGGCAUUCUUCCUCCCCAACUCCCAGAACCAUUUUUUACUACCG